UGGUGAUGCUGUAGAAGUGGUCUGAGCCUUGGGGUGUGCUUUAUCCAGCCUGGAUUGAGACAGGAAGCUUUUUGCGUGUGUGUAAUCCCAUUAACCAUUAAGACCAGCCCUCAUCCCCUGGUGUGUUUGCUCUACUGUAGGCGGCCUUCUAGCGUCUCCACUGAUAAAAGAAAAGGCGGCCAUUCAUGUUGUUGGACUACUGUUGCAGGUGUUGUGGGUAUUGUGGGUCUACUCUGAAGCGCUAUGGACCAACAUCAGUCAAGAUCAAGACCAACGUCAGUGAAACAUGGAUUGUUCUCCAGAACUUGCUGAUGUGCAUAAUAUCCUUCUAUGCUGUUUACUACAUAGUGGUCAGUCUCUGCAUUGGUAUUCUCAGAGUACAUGAGGUUGACAGCCUUUUAGCACCCUUUGACUACACAACACAGCCAUCAUGGCAAAGUCCAAAAUACCUAGUGACAGUGAUCUCCAUGGAGCUGACCUAUCUUUUGGGAGGCCUGAUAUUUGCGUGGAUUGUCGAGGAGUGGGUGUGGGACUACGCCAUCACAGUCACACUAAUCCACAUCGGUCUGACGGUAGCAGUUAUGUCUGAUUUCCCGUCAACAGAACAUUAUUGGAUUGCCCUUGGUUCUGGAUUGGUGAUGAUGAUUUUCGGAGGCCAACUUGUAGCAUACAAGCUUUUCAGGAAUAAUUUUGUGUAUCCGGAUGAGCUCCAAAAUUUCUAAGAAAAACAUUUAGCUUUUCUUCUACAAAAUGAUGUAGGGUGAAAUAUUUUUUUAUAUUCAGUUUUUUUGUACUACACAACUUUGGUACUCUGUAAAUCCACACAUUAUAUUUUGCAAUUAAAAGUUGUUUGGAAGGAAUUGUUGAGAAUAUUAAACACUUCUUGCCAACAA